AUGUCAUACGCUGAACUACUUCAACCUCAAGUCAAGCCUCGUGAAUCAGCAACUAUAGCGUCGCCACCUGGGUUUGGCUUGCAGAUAUCCUCCAAAGUUAAAAAUGCUCCUCCUGUGAAGAAACCUACCCAAGAGGAACUUGAUCAAUUGAAACUCAAGAAAGCAUGGGAAGUUGCAACUGAGCCGGCAAAAUCGGUGCCAAUGAACUGUAUAAUGAGCUACAUGACAGGUAACUCUUUACAGAUGAUUCCUAUAAUGAUGACAGUUAUGCUUCUUAUAAAUCCAUUGAAGGCGAUUUUGUUUGAGAUGAACAAGGCUUUUGCAUCGUUGGAAACCAAAAACUCUACCUCCUUGCUUCUUCCGAAGCUUGUCUACGUCUUCUUUCAACUAGCAAAUGCUGGAAUAGGUUUGUUUAAAAUAUGGAAGAUGGGGCUCAUUCCGAAUGGCGAGGCCGACUGGCUAGCUUGGAAACAGGCAACGCAGGUGAUUGAACGCUUGAGAAUGUGA